GUGCAUGACAUGGUCAUCAUAUUCGCAUGGGAUGGCCCAUGGCAUAAUACUAGGGGCAUCAGAAAAAUAUCAUCGCCACGUUUGCAUGUGAGAGAGAGCAGUUAAAGAUUUCCUUUCCUCUGCUCUCUCUCUCUCUCUCCUCCCCUCUUUAUAAAAAUUUGUAUCUACAGUUUGGUAUUUUUUUCUCUCUCUAAUCUCUCUCCACCCAAAAAUCGCCCAGAGAUCUCUUACAUUUUCUUCUUCAUCUGACUCACUCGAUUUGAAUUUCAGACAACACUAGUUAUUCUGCUUCAGCUCCUUCAAAUUUAUCGGCAAAAAUUGAACGGCGUUGCAAUUUUUUUUUUCCAUUUUGCAGUUUGCCGGAACAAUCUAUAACCAAAUUGUGUUUUAGAUAUUUGAACUAGACUUGAAGGUUGUUGGAUUGACUGAUAAAAAAAAUUAGACAGGCUUUCUGUUUGGCCAGAAAUUGCUGAAUUGUAAUCUGCUUGAUCCUGGAUUCGUAUAAGGUGAUAUGGAGUUUGAUGGAUUUUCUUAUUUAUCCCCAAUUGUUUAGAUAAGAAGAUUUUAUGGCUACUCAAAAUGAGAGGUGGAUCGACAGUCUGCAGUUCUCCUCACUGUUUUGGCCACCUCCACAAGACACAGAGGAACGGAAGGCCCAAAUUAAUGCUUAUGUUGAGUUUUUUGGCCAAUUUACCUCAGAACAAUUUCCCGACGAUAUAGCCGAGCUGGUUCGAAGCCGAUAUCCAUCCGAUCAGAACAGGCUUUUUGAUGAUGUUUUGGCAAAGUUUGUUCUUCACCAUCCGGAGCAUGGGCAUGCUGUUAUUCUUCCCAUUAUUUCAUGUAUUAUUGAUGGUUUGGUGGAAUAUAAAAGAAGCGGUCCUCCAUUUGCUUCGUUCAUUUCCCUGGUUUGCCCCAACAGCGAGAAUGAGUAUUCCGAGCAAUGGGCUCUUGCAUGUGGGGAGAUAUUACGAAUUUUGACUCACUACAAUAGACCAAUUUACAAGAGAGAACGUCAGGAAAAUGAAACAGAUAGAAGUAGCAGUGGUACCCUUGCUUCGACUAGUAAGUCAACAGAUGGAGAACCUUCUUUGCCUUCUACACAGCUAGAGAGGAAAAUGCUGAGGCCUUUGUCUCCCUGGAUUACUGAUAUAUUGCUUGCAGCACCUCUUGGUAUUAGAAGUGACUAUUUUCGCUGGUGUGGAGGUGUCAUGGGAAAAUAUGCAGCUGGAGAACUCAAACCACCAUCAACUGCUUUUUCUCGCGGAUCUGGAAAGCAUCCCCAGCUUGUGCCAUCAACUCCAAGGUGGGCUGUUGCUAAUGGUGCUGGAGUUAUACUUAGUGUUUGUGACGACGAAGUAGCUCGUUACGAGACUGCCACGCUGACUGCAGCUUCUGUCCCAGCACUUCUGCUUCCUCCCCCAACAACACCUAUGGACGAGCAUCUAGUUGCCGGACUACCAGCACUUGAGCCCUAUGCACGCCUGUUUCAUCGAUAUUAUGCAAUUGCAAGUCCAAGUGCCACUCAGAGGCUGCUUCUUGGACUUCUAGAAGCUCCACCAUCCUGGGCUCCUGAUGCUCUUGAUGCUGCCGUGCAACUAGUGGAACUCCUUAGAGCAGCAGAAGACUAUGCCUCCGGCAUGAGGCUUCCAAGAAACUGGAUGCACUUGCAUUUCUUACGAGCAAUAGGGAUUGCAAUGUCAAUGAGAGCUGGAAUUGCUGCAGAUGCUGCAGCUGCUCUGCUUUUCCGAAUACUUUCUCAACCAGCUUUACUUUUCCCACCACUGAGACAAGUUGAGGGCAUAGAAGCUCAACACGAACCUCUAGGAGGUUGCGUAUCAUCUGAGCGAAAGCAGCAAAGAGAAUUGCCUGCAGCAGAAGCUACAGUCGAAGCUACUGCACAAGGUAUUGCGUCAAUGCUUUGUGCACAUGGCCCUGAGGUUGAAUGGAGAAUAUGCACAAUAUGGGAAGCUGCUUAUGGCUUGAUUCCUUUAAGUUCCUCAUCGGUAGAUCUUCCUGAAAUCAUAGUUGCAACGCCUUUGCAGCCACCAAUAUUAUCAUGGAACUUAUACAUUCCUCUUCUUAAAGUGCUCGAGUAUCUUCCUCGUGGAAGUCCAUCCGAAACCUGUUUAAUGAAGAUAUUUGUUGCUACCGUCGAAGCAAUUCUUCAGAGAACAUUCCCACCCGAGUCCACUAGAGAAAAAAAUCGAAAAACAAGAUACGUUUUUGGCUCUGCAUUCAAAAAUCUUGCUGUUGCUGAGCUCCGCACGAUGGUCCACUCACUUUUCUUAGAGUCAUGUGCCUCUGUAGAGCUUUCGUCCCGCCUUCUUUUUGUAGUGUUAACUGUCUGCGUAAGUCACGAAGCACAGCCUAAUGGAAGCAAGCGACCGAAAGGUGAAGAUUCUUGUGCUGUAGAAGGUGAAGACUUGCAACGAGCCAAUGGGAAGCAUAGAGAUCAGGGGAGUAAACAGGGGAAGAAACAGGGGCCUAUAGCAGCAUUUGAUUCCUUUGUCAUUGCUGCUGUUUGUGCUCUGUCAUGUGAGCUUCAGAUCUUCCCUCUUAUCGCAAAACAAUGUAGUCAGCUAGAAGCAAAUAUAUCUGGCGUACUUAAGCCUGUGAAGGGAAACGAUCCACCAAGUGAGUUUCAGAAUAGUAUUGACUCGGCUGUUUAUCACACGCGCAGAAUAUUAACCAUACUAGAGGCACUUUUCUCUUUGAAACCAUCUUCUAUAGGAACGUCAUGGAGUUAUAGUUCGAAUGAAAUAGUGGCUGCUGCAAUGGUUGCAGCUCAUGUUUCUGAUCUGUUUAAGCGCUCCAAGGCUUGCAUGCGGGCUCUUUUAAUCUUGAUAAAAUGCAAAUGGGACAAGGAAAUUCAUUCUAGGGCAUCUUCCCUUUUCAACUUAAUUGAUAUUCAUAGCAAAGUUGUUGCAUCCAUAGUGAACAAAGCAGAACCGCUGGAGGCCCACCUACUAAAUGUCCCAUUGUCGAGGGCAAACUGUUUUCAUGGGGAAAAAACUGAUACAUGUGCUAGCUGUUGCCGCUUAGAAUCAGGACAGCCAUCUUCAUCGUCAUGUGAAAAGUUGUCUGGUUCAGAAGCUUUGGUCACUCGUGAAAAAUCUCAAGCCGAUGGGGUUGAGAGAUGUAGCACGGGCAAAGAAAUUUCAAGUUUCCCUAUUGAUGCUUCAGAUUUGGCCAACUUUUUGACUAUGGACAGGCAUAUAGGGUUUAACUGCAGCGCGCAAGUUCUUCUUAAGUCCGUCCUUUCGGAAAAACAAGAAUUGUGUUUCUCUGUUGUUUCUUUGCUCUGGCACAAACUGAUUGUAUCACCUGAAAUACAACUGAGCGGUGAAAGCACCUCAGCCCAGCAAGGAUGGCGGCAGGUGGUUGAUGCCCUUGUCAAUGUCGUCUCAGCAUCACCAGCAAAAGCUGCAACAGCUGUUGUUCUUCAGGCGGACAGGGAAUUGAAGCCUUGGAUCACUAAAGACGAUGAUCUUGGUCAAAAGAUGUGGAAAGUCAACCAAAGAAUCGUGAAAGUGAUUGUUGAGUUAAUGAGAAAUCACGAUGCCCCAGAAUCAUUGGUAAUUCUGUCCAGCGCAUCAGACCUCCUCCUUCGUGCCACCGAUGGGAUGCUUGUUGACGGUGAAGCAUGUACACUACCUCAGCUGGAGUUGCUGGAAGUGACAGCUAGAGCAGUUCAAACAGUUCUUAAAUGGGGAGAGUCGGGAUUGGCAGUUGCAGACGGCCUUUCAAACCUGUUGAAGUGUCGGCUCCCAGCUACAGUUCGUUGCGUAUCUCAUCCGAGUGCACACGUUCGUGCUCUCAGUACAUCAGUUCUUCGAGCAGUUUUACAUGCUGGCUCAGAAUCAAUAUCUGCAAAAUCCCAAGUUAAUGGUUUCCGCAGUCAACCAUACAUAAGCGUAGGCAUUAGGGACUGCAAAGCUCACGUAGAGAAGUGUUUGACGUGGGAAGCACAUAGCCGACUGGCAACGGGACUUCCUAUUCAGUUUGUUGAUACCACUGCUAAAGAAUUAGGCUGUACUAUAUGCAUUUGAAAACUACCAACACGGGGCUCUUCGAUGAGGUAUUUAUAGCCC